AUGUAUAUACUUGAUAGAGCUGCAUCAGAAUUAAGUGAUGGAAAUACAAGGCAAUUUUACUAUAGCAAUCGCUCUUACAGUUACCGAAAACAAGGUAACAAUGUUAGAGAAAUCAAAUCUAUGGGUAGUAAUAAAACUGAACGAGCCUGUCCAUCGUUGCUAAAAGUUACUAUUUCUAAAUUUGAUGGAAAAGUGUCCACAUCAUUUUGGAAAACUCACUGUGGGCAUGAACUAGAAAUUGGUCGAAUUCGGUUGGAUGAUGAGACAAGAACAAUUAUUGCCGGUAAGUGCUACUUUUUAUUUUAA